AUGCCCCGGACCUACACCCAGGUGCGCUGCAAGGCCAACCACGCGCCCCCACCCGCAGCCCCAAGCACAACCGCCCCGUCAACCACGUCGGGUCCCCCCACGGCCAUCACUCGAGCUGCAGAUCAAAAGAAUGCACCAUCUAUUAUUGUCCGCACUACAUGCAUACCCCACCCAUCAACCGAAAGCAAAACAAAAGCCCGCAACAAUAGAACGACGACCGCUCAAUAUACCACACCUUUCCUAUCACGCUCGCGCAUAAAAACCACCCCGCACCCCCCAGGGCCCCGCCCCACCCCCAUAAUUAAUUCCCAAACCUCUCUACAAACGGCCCCACACUUGGCCACGCCACCAAGCACCAUCCAACCACCCCGCGGCCACGGCACAUACUUUACCCUACGCGACCAGGCCUAUCUCAGCACGCGGCCCUCCCAUCGCACAAGCGCACACCAACGCCCACACAACAUCGCUGCCAACGCUAAGGCGUUCAGCACCACCAACAUUUCUGCCAGGCCACCAAAACAAAACCCGCCCCGGACUGCUAUGCUGUCCCGCCACGCUGCUCAAUGCGGCACGCUCCCCCCUCAAGCAGCUACCCCCUUCUCCGCGAACUACAAGCGCACCCGACACCUCAACGCACUGCAAUAUUCUGGGCGAACAGCUGUCCACCAACACAAUUUCAAGCAUAAAAAUCAAGCUGUGGGUUCACACGCCCCCGCCUCCGCCCCCACCCAUAACACCCCCCUCAACUUAAUGGAUACCCCGUCAUGCCGGGCGCCCCCAAGCCUCCCUAAUCAAUGGAAACGAUGGGGCGCACCGGCUUCAACCCGGAACCGCGAGGCAACAGGGCCAUCCAACGGUGGCCCAGACCUCCGCCAUCUCACCGCCGCGCGCCGCAUAUCAGGUGAAAACAGGCUGGCGCAGCAUCACCCGCACGGCCACCCAAGCAUGCUGCCACCACAUCAUCCCACCCGACACACACUUAAACGCACCCGCAAACAGCUGCGACGCCACAUUGAAUUAACUCACGCCCUCAGAGUCAUCCGUACAUGCAGUCGACACCGCACCUCGGGACAGGAGCGAGCACUCUUCCCGCUGCCCCCCGCAAUUGACCUAUCGCCCCACAGCACGGCGUCCCCCUGCGGCGCCCCAGCCCUAGCAAGCGAUACGCACGCAAUGCCACAUUACAUUGCCCACAGUCCUAUCCACCGAACACUCCUAUCCUUCUUAUAUUACCAACUAACGCUCACGCCACAAAGCAGCCUCGCCCGAAGGACGCCCCGAGCCGAAGGCCCGUAA